GGCGGGGCCGUCUCCAUGGCAACCCGCGCGCUGCCCGGGCGGCCCGUGUGGCGGGAAGCGGCUGCCGCGGCGCUGGCGACGGGCGGGGCUGCGGGCGCGGAGGCGCCCGAGCGGCCGGGGCCGCUGCGGGACGAGACCCUGGGCGUGGUGUCCGUGCCCUCGCAGUGGCGGGGCGCCCAGGGCAGCCGCGGGGUGACGAAAAGUUGCCAGACGGUCAGCGUUGCCACUGCCGAGGCGUCCGCUCAGACGCGGAAGCAUGCAGAUGCCCAGGUACAGACCGAGCCCCCCGUGCCGCUGGGCGCGCGGCCCGGGUCCCGGCACGACGGCGCGGGGCUCACAGCCUUUCUCCGGAGAGUGGAGGCCAUGGUCACCCGAGAGCUGAACAAGAACUGGCAGAGCCACGCCUUCGACGGCUUCGAGGUGAACUGGACCGAGCCGCAGCAGACGGUGACCUGCCUGCACACCUUGGGCUAUCCCCCAGCCCAAGGGCAGGGCCUGCAUGUGACCAGUGUCUCCUGGAACAGCACGGGCUCCGUGGUGGCCUGUGCCUACGGCCGCCUGGAUGACGGGGACUGGAGCACGCUGAAGUCCUUCGUGUGCGCCUGGAACCUGGACCGGCGAGGCCUGAACCCCCGGCAGCCGUCAGCAGUGGUGGAGGUGCCCAGCGCGGUCAUGUGCCUGGCCUUCCACCCCACACAGCCGUCUCACAUUGCAGGGGGGCUGUACAGCGGCGAGGUGCUGGUGUGGGACAUGAGCCGUCCCGAGGACCCGCUGCUCUGGCGCACAGGCCUGACGGAUGACACGCACACAGACCCCGUGUACCAGGUGGUUUGGCUUCCUGAGCCCCGCCACAGCCACCGCUUCCGGGUGCUGAGCGUGGCCACGGACGGGAAGGUGCUGCUCUGGCAGGUGACCGGGCCGGGCCAGCUGCAGCUCACGGAGGGCUUUGCCCUGGUUGUGCAGCAGCUGCCGCGGAACACCAAGCUGAAGAAGCCUCACCGCGGGGAGACCGAGGUGGGAACCACGGCGGUGGCUUUCUCCAGCUUUGACCCCAGCCUUUUUGUUCUGGGCACGGAAGGCGGCUUCCCGCUCAAGUGCUCCCUGGCCGUGGAAGAGGUGGCUGUCACGCGGGUGCCCAGCUCUGUGUGCCUGCGGGCCCCGGCCCAGUUCGCCUUCUCCCCCCAUGGGGGUCCCGUCUACUCUGUGAGCUGCUCCCCCUUCCACAGGAACCUCUUCCUGAGCGCAGGGACCGAUGGCCACGUCCACCUGUACUCCCUGCUGCAGGCCCAGCCCCUGACCUCCCUGCAGCUGUCCCACAAGUACCUGUUUGCUGUGCGCUGGUCCCCGGUUCGCCCCUUGGUGUUUGCGGCAGCUUCUGGGGAAGGCGAUGUGCAGCUGUUUGACCUCCAGAAAAGCUCCCAGAAGCCCACCGUUUCAAUCAAGCAAACACAGGACGAAAGCCCUGUCUACUGUCUUGAAUUCAAUUGCCAGCAAACUCAGCUCCUGGCUGCCGGUGAUGCCAAGGGAACCGUGAAGGUGUGGCAGCUGAGCACCGAGUUCACUGAACAAGGGCCCUCAGAAACCGAGGGCUUAGAGCAGCUGGCAGCGGAGGUGGCCACCUGAGGACAGAGCUACCUCUGUGCUGAGCUUUGUAUUUCUGAUGGAAGCUAAAUGAAGACAGGCAGCUGUUUUGGG